AUGCCUCCAACAAUCCUUCUCCUAGGAACCUGCGACACCAAACUCCCCGAACUCCUCUACACAAAGUCCCAAAUCGAAACAACAAACACCGCCGUCCUCCUAAUGGACAUAAGCCGCACCCCAACAACCCACCCAUCAAUCAGCAUCCCACAAACCUCCCUCCUCCCCACCUCCCCCCAAACCCCCAAUCUAUCCACCCUGAGCCGAGCCGAGUACAUCACCACCUUAACCCCCUACGCCGUCGAAAAGGUAUCCACCCUCUACAAAGCAGGCCAAAUCCACGGCAUCCUCGGCCUAGGCGGGUCAUGCGGGACGACCCUAGCAACGAGCGUCAUGCGCGACGCAUUACCGGUCGGAUUCCCCAAACUCAUGGUAUCGACCAUGGCAUCCGGAGAUGUGGGUGCUUACAUCGGCGAAACGGAUAUCAGUAUGAUGUACAGCGUGGUGGAUAUUGCGGGACGGAACCGGCUGCUCGAGGGUGUUUUGUCGAAUGCCGCGGGUGGGAUUUCGGGGAUGGCGAGGUCGUAUUUCAGCAGGGGAUCAAGAGGGGAAGAUAAGGGCGUGCGGAUUGGGAUCUCGAUGUUUGGGGUUACGACGCCGGGUGUUACGGCGGCACGGGAACGAUUGGAGAGUGUGCUGGAGGGUUGUGAGGUUUAUGUUUUUCAUGCCACGGGGUCUGGGGGACGGGCUUUGGAGAGGUUGGCGAGGGAGGGUCAGAUUGAUGCGGUGCUUGAUUUGACGACGACGGAGGUGGCGGAUGAGGUUGUUGGUGGGGUAUUGAGUGCUGGGGAUGAACGGUUGAGGGCGGCGACGGAGAGGAAUAUUCCAAGGGUGGUGAGUGUUGGGGCGUGUGAUAUGGUUAAUUUUGGGGAGCCGGAGAGUGUUCCGGUUCGUUUUCGGGAGGAGAAGAGGGUGUUUCAUGAGCAUAAUGCCACGGUUACGCUUAUGCGAACUACGAAGAGAGAAUGUGCGGAUAUUGGGGUUUUUAUAGCUGGGAACCUGUUGCGUGGUGCGAAGGAAGGUGAGGCAAAGCGCACCAAGAUGAUUUUGCCUGUUCGGGGAAUCAGCAUGCUGGAUCUUCCUGGUCAACCAUUCCAGGAUUCCGAGGCGAACGAGACAUUGUUCUCAACCUUGGAGAGGGAAUUGGAGGGUAGUGGGAUAUCGGUGCGGCGGGAUCCCCGUGAUAUCAAUGAUCCUGACUUUGCAGUGAUGGUAGCAGAUGAGCUAGUAAACUUGAUCCGUGGAGGAUAG